ACUAAGUGUGCCUUGUCUACCGGAAAUGAAAAACUAGUCAAGGAAAAUAGUGCGACGGAGCGGUCGAAUUAAAUCGGCAUAAUCAUUUGUUUACUCGUAAUCCCGUUUAUAUUUUUGUCAUUGUUUAAAAAUAAUUUGCUCUCAUUGCUAAAUUUACCUGCUAAAUAUUUGUCUUUGCUGUCAGACUCGGAUGGUUGUGAAAAAACGACGGCAGAGUACGAGGAAGGAAAUUGAAAUCAGUUUGGAAAGAAUGAUAGGGGAGUACGUGGAGGACAUUUGUCGAUCAAAAGUGAAAAAUGAGCGACAACGUCAACUACCGGACGCCGUUUUAAAGCAUCCAGAUGAAAUGCACAAAGCAGAUGUCGGUGAAGAGCAGCAGGAUUGGAGCUCCAGGGCAGAGCAGGAGGAGCCGGACUCCCCAUAUAUUAAAGAGGAAGAAGACGAACAUAGCAUUGGUGAAGAGGAAGAGCCGUUGCGAGAGCUGGAUGAGGCUGAUCCCUCCCACCUGCUCUUUAACCGCGUCAUUGUGAAAAGUGAAGAUGAGGAAGAUGACGGUGAUGGAGACCACCGUGGAGGAUCACAAGCAGACAGACCCAUAGCUCCGCUAUCAAACAGUGAUAACAUGUCAUACUCUCCUGACACGGAUGAUGAUGAACACUCUAAAGGGGAUAUAACAUGUCAUGCAGACAGCAAAGCUUUGGCAUGUCUUCAUUGUGAGAAAACAUUUAGCAACAAUGCAAAUCUGAGAAGACACAUGAUGAUUCACACGGGAGAAAAACCAUUCAUGUGUUCAGUGUGUGGGAAAAGAUUCUCUCAGAAGACAUCAAUGAUAACACACUCAAGAACACACACUGGAGAAAAACCUUUUUCCUGCUCAGCGUGCCGCAAAUGCUUUAGUGAUUAUUCUACUUUGACGAAACACAUGAGAACACACACGGGUGAGAAACCCUUUUCAUGCUCAAUUUGCGGUAAAAGAUUCUCACAGAAAGCAACUAUGAGAACACACACAAGAACACACACUGGGGAGAAAGCAUUUUUCUGCUCAUUUUGUAAUACAUGUUUUAAUGUUCGUUCAACAUUGGUCCAACACAUGAGAACCCACACGGGUGAGAAACCAUUUACCUGCUCUGUAUGCACUAAAGGCUUUGGUCAUCCUGCAGCACUAGCAAGGCACAUGAGAACACACACUGGUGAGAAAGUGUUCAAUUGCAGUGUGUGUGGUCAAAGAUUCUCUUACAAGUAUCAAGUAAAUAAACACAAGUGUGUUGACAAAAACAGCAGCAGUGGAGGAAGCUGCAUAACUUUAAAUAAACAGAACGAAUGUUCAAGUGGGAAAAUGUGUGCGAAAAGUGUGAAAGAAGAGUACGAGAAGGAGAUUUCUCAAACAGAUGAGCAGAACGAACGUCAACCACUGGACCCUGUAUUCAAGAAGCAUCAAGUUGUGUUGCACAGGGAAGAAGAGGCCAGUGAAGAAUAUCUUCAUACUGAGCAGAAGGAGUGGAACUUCAGGAUGAAACAGCCUGGGCCAGAGCCACCAAUUGUUAAAGAGGAAGAGCAACAGCUAAAGUACCCCUACAUUAAAGAUGAAGAGGAUGCACAGCCUCCUCAUAUUGAAGAGGAUGAGAAGAAAGGCAACCUCAACAUUAAAGAGGAAGAAGAGGACAGCGAUAUUACCGCGUUUCCAUCGACUCAUGUCAUUGUGAAGAGUGAAGACCAAGAUCAUUGGUCAAUACUUCAUCCCAGUGAAAGUAAAGAGAAUGAAGGGGAGGAGCCUCCAAGCAGCAGCUCAAGUCAAUACGUGACAACAGAAGGUGAUAGAGACCACUGCGCACCACUAUCAGAGAGUGACGACAUAACUUCGCACUCUUCUGACACUGAUGAAGACAAGCAUGCUAAAGGGAAACUGUUUGUCUGCUCAUGUGAUGGUCGUCUGAUUAUGUGUGCAAAAAGCAUAAAAAAGGAGUACAAUGAUGAACUUUCUGGAACAAAAGAGAACGACCCACAACGUCAAAUACUGGACUCUGGUUUCAACGAGCCUCAGGAGGACUCUCACAGAACUGUCCUCAGUGAAGCUCUUCAUCCUGAACAGUACAAACCAGAUUCCCCUCACAUUAAAGAAGAAGAGGAGGAGGCUGAUGUCACGAAGUUGCCAUUCACUCGUGUCAUUGUGAAAAUUGAAGGUGAUGAUGAUGAUGCUGAAGAGGAAGGUGGUGAAGGAUCACAAGAAGACAGCCUCUUAGCUCCUGUAACAGACAGUGACAACAAAAUGUCUGACUCUGAUGAUGAUGAACUCCCUAAAGGCGACGGGACAUGUCAAACAGACGACAAACACUGGGAAUGCUCCCUGUGUGACAAAUCUUUCUCUGCCAAAAAAAAUCUGAGAAGACACAUGAUGCUCCACACAGGCGAGAAACCUUUCACCUGUUCAGAUUGUGGUAAAAGAUUUGCUAGUAAGGCACAUUUGAAUAGACAUACAAGGACACAUACUGGAGAGAAACCUUUUUGCUGCUCAGUCUGUGGUCUUCGAGUCAGUCAAAAGAUUAAUUUAACAAAUCACAUGAAAACACACACAGAGGAAAAACCUUUUGCGUGCCCUUUUUGCGGUAAAGCGUUCGCUCGCAAGGCACAUUUGAACCGACACACAAGAAUACACACUGGAGAGAAAGCCUUUGAAUGCUCACUCUGCACCUUAAGUUUCUGUGACCGUUCAAGUUUGGCUAAACACACGAGAGAGCACACUGGGGAAAAACCCUUUUCCUGCUCACUUUGUACCAAAUGUUUCUCUCAGAGACGUGCUUUGACGAGACACAUAAGAAUGCACACAGGUGAGAAACCAUUCAGUUGUUGUGUGUGUGAUAAAAGAUUCCCUCAAAAGUAUCAGGUUAAGAAACACAAGUGUGUUGUUGACAAAUGCAGUGGUAAAUGAAUCUGCACAUCUGCACAACUGUGUGAAAACUGUGACACAAGAUGUCAUGCUAAAGAAAAACCCUUCAUUUGUUUGGUGUGCGAUAAAGGAUUUUCUCGAAAUCAGCAUUUGAUCAAACACACCAGAAUGCAUCCGGGAGAAAAACCAUUCAUCUGCUCAGUUUGUGGCAGAAGAUUCGCCCAGAAGUGCAGUUUAAAGAAGCACAUCAUUAACAUUGGAACGGCACAUGAGCUGUCACACAGGAGAGAAACCGUUCAUGUGCUCGCUUUGUGGUAAAGGUUUCACGCAGAAAGGAAGCCUGACGACACACACGAGGACACACAUUGGAGAAAAGCCGCAUUCUUACUCGGUGUGGGGCACCAGUUUGAACGAUAGUUCAGCAUUGGCGCGACCCAUGAGAACGCACACUGGGGAAAAACCCUUUUCCUACUUAUUCUGCGGCAAAAGCUUCUCUAUAAAGGGGAAUUUUGUAGCACACACAAGAACGCACACUGGAGAGAAGCCAUUUACCUGCUCGGUCUGCAACACACAUUUUCGAGUUUGUUCCUGUCUGGUUCAACACAUGAGAACACACACUGGGGAGAAACCUUUCGCCUGCUCAGUUUGCGGUCAAAGAUUCUCACAAAAGGCGACUUUGAGAGAACAAUUGAGAUCACACAGUGGAGACAAACCGUUUUCAUGUUCAGUCUGCAGCACAAGUUUUAGUAACCAUACAUCCUUCAUUCACCACUUGAAAAAACACUAGUGAGAAUGUUUAGCCAAAAGUGUGUGUGAUUAAAAAAUUUCAGAAGCGUUGUUUGUGAACCAAGUACAGAUUUGAAGCCGGAGGAUGCAUUUACAUUAUUUGUCAGUCUGUCUAUGAUAUGCUGAGAUGUAUUAACUGGCUUUCGUAGUCCUCAGUUAAUUUCUUUCCUCCAAACUAAUCCUCAUGGAAGUAGAAGUGGCUGGAUUUCUCAUUUACAAAUGUAUUCUCCCGCAAUGUACUUCGUUCAAACUGUGGCCUCACAUUUGCUUGUAUCAUUUCAACAUUGCAGUGAUUGGGCAAGUAAACUGGCUUAAAAGCACAAAAACCCUCAAGUAUGUCAUUAAUGCCCCGCCCAGAAUAUUUAUUUAAAUUGCCCUGCGAUGUCGUUCACAGGGUUUGUGUGUAAAAAUAAUACAAUAUCCAUUAAACAAAAACGCAGUUUGUCAAAAUGG